AUGUCGCUGUCACAUUCGCUAGAGCGCCUUUGGCGACCGCUAGCCACCCGUGCGACUCCCUUGACCCAACAAUGCCGCCGCUACGCCUCAACAGACAUCGCCGACACCAUCACCGAACUCGAAUCCGGCGGCUCCCUCAGAACUCUGGACGCCGACAUUGAAGGUCUCGCCAACGACUUCGACCCCGUGGGCAAAGCGAAGAAGAGAAACAGACAACUACCCGCCAGCAGAUACAAGUUCCGUCCCCCCAAGUACUACCGCGGUCCUCUGCAUCCUCACCAACCGCCUCCCAACUCGGAUCCCGCAUCUCGUCUUUUCGAACCCGGUCCGUUCAGUGCGCCUCGUCUUGAGCAGACUUAUGCGUCCACUUUUGAGUCCGAUCUCAUGACUUUGGCGUAUACGCAUUUCCCUCCUGGGUAUCGCGCACCGCCCAAGGCUGCUAGAUUGAGAGCUUGGGAGGGCGCAUCACCAUAUUACAAGAACCGUCCUCUGCGUGGACCCAGAGGUUCAGAUGUCUUGCGUCUCCUCCGCAAACCGAUUACUUUCCGCAACGUCCCCAAGUUGGAGAAAAUCACCAUUCACACCAUGGUCAAAGGCGCACUGGACGACUCCGCACAUUUGCACGUCGCAGGCAUGAUCAUGCAGGCCAUCUCAAACGUUCGCGUCACAACCCACAAGACGAGAAAGAACGUCGCUGGUUUCGGCCUCAGAGCCGGUCAAUAUGUUUCCGUCACCGCGGAGUUGAGGGGAGAGGACAUGCAUCAUUUCCUGGCCAAGGUCAUCGAUAUCGUCAUGCCCAAGAUCAAGGAAUGGAAGGGUGUCAAGGGUAGUUCGGGAGAUUCAAGUGGUAACCUCUCCUUCGGUUUCACUUCAGAGGAAACCGCGCUGUUCCCCGAGGUGGAAGUCAACUAUGACAUGUACCCUCCCAAGAUGAUCCCCGGUUUCCACGUCACCGUCCACACCACCGCCACAAACGACAGAGAUGGCAGACUCUUGCUCGGCACCCUCGGUAUCCCCUUCUACGGCAAGCAGAUCAACUAAGAGAGAAAGAGAAGGGGUCUUCCUUGGUCUUUGUAUUUCAAAUAUCCUUGUACAAUAUCCGGUGUUUUUUUUGGGGACUCAGGGGCAAAAUGCACAAAAGUAGGAAGAGACAAAUGUGUACAAUUUCUCCUGUUCAUAUCUUCGCGAUGCAAAGUAAAAAUCUUGUACCCGACAGAAAAGGCAGAUGAUCGUAUCAAUUCAGCCGCGUGAACUGAUGAGCACUUGGCGAGUGGCUGAAGUAAGGAUCGGAGACAAGAAUCAGACACGCAGACAAGAAACCCCUGUCCUAAGGAUCGGUUUGGUAUAAGUAACAAUUAUUUUCGCUGACUACGAACCAGCUCUCAGGU